UUAUGCAUCUUAGUAACAUGCCCUAGACAUUACAUUUGUAUUGUUAAUACAUCUAAUAAGACGAACAUGACGACACUGCAGAAACAAUCAUUAUCCAAAUUUAAACCAUUUCUAAGUUCUGUAACACUUAUAGAGUAACUGUCAGAUUCUUUCACUGUGUAUAAAAACGCCUAAAAGGUUGCAGCAUUAUCAGUUAAAGAGAAGAUUCCACUGGUGCAGACUACCGACUGGAAAAAGAUUCUGUAAACGUGUAUUGCACUGUCUGAGCAGCAUAUAGGAAUACCGCUAUAAGUACAGCAUGAGAAGUACAACAUUUACUCAGAAAACCUUGACUGUCAGUGGAACCAACAGGAUGAGAGUACAGAGUCCAUCUCCUUCUCGUCAAACAGCUAAGUUCCGCUCAGUAUCCAGUGAUUCCCAAAGGGGAACCGCAUAUAGUACCUCAGCCACCCGUGGCCGUUCAGGAUUUCCAGGCACUGCAGUUGUGCUUGGAACAGAGCUUCACCGUCAAAAUGAAAAGGAAGAACUACAAGAACUGAAUGUGCGCUUUGCUGGUUACAUCGAGAAGGUCAGGUCACUAGAACAGAGGAAUGCUGAAUUAAAGGCUGAGGUAGAGGAGCUGAAUAACAUGUUUAAGUCAGGAAAUAUUGCUGAUGAAUAUGAGAAGCAGUUCAAGGAUCUGAAGGACCUCAUCAAAAGGUUAACCCAGGAGAAGGGAGUGGCUGACAUUGAGAGAGGAAACCUUGAGGAGGAAAUCGAGGUGUGGAGAGUGAAAGUUGAAGAAGAGCUGGAGCUGAAGGAGGAGGCAGAAAGGACACUAAGGGACUUCAGGCAAGAUGCAGAUAAUGCAACCCUUCAGAAGGCCGACCUGGAGAGAAGAGUAGAACAAUUAGUGUCCGAGUUGCAGUUCCUUAAGAAACUCCAUGACGAAGAAGUGGCUGAUCUGAUGAUUCAAAUCAAGAAUUCAAAAGUUGCUGUAGACCUGGUGUCCAGUCGACCAGAUUUAGCUGCUGCACUUCGUGAUGUCCGUGCCCAGAUGGAACAAAUUGCUGCAAAAAAUGUUCAAGAUGCUGAGAAGUGGUACCGGAGCAAGUUCGAUACCCUUAAGGACCAUGCAGCCAAACAUGAAGAGCACAUGAAGACAGUCAGAGAAGAAAUCAACAAAUAUAGUACACAAAUCAGUGAUCUGGAAGGCCAGAUCAAUGGCCUUCGAGCUCAAAAUGAAGGUUUGGAGAAGCAGCUGGAUGACAUGGAAGUCCAGCAUUUGGAAAAUGUUGCUCAGCUACACAAUAUCAUUGCCCAGCUAGAGAGUGAGCUCUGUGAGACCAAGGCUGACAUGUCAAGGUACAUGCAAGACUACCAAGAUCUGCUUCAUAUCAAACUGAAGCUGGAUGCCGAGAUUGCCACUUACAGGAAACUGCUGGAAGGAGAGGAAAAACGGCUUGGUAUUUCUGGUGCAGUACAAGCUGUUACAAAGGAAGAGAAGACAACUUCUGUAGUGCACACCGUGGAAACCCAUACAACUCAUUAAGUGAAUGUUUGAAAUCCUACUUAUUAUACCAGAAAAGAAAAAGCCUUCAGCGUCUGCAAAAUGGGCACUUAGAGUUCAACCAGCCCUCCUGAAACAUCUGAAAAACACAACUUGUGCUCUGAGAGAAAAUGAGAUAGUGCACAAAAUUGUUUUGUCUUAAAUGUGAAACUUGUAUACCUUAGCAUGAGAAGAUCCUGAACACACAAUGCUUGUACUGAAAUAAAGUGCACUUUGAUGCAGUGAAAAUAA